AUGGCCUUCGUGAAAUCUCUGAAAUCCAGGGCCUACUUCAAGCGGUUCCAGGUCAAGUACAAGAGAAGAAGACAGGGAAAGACCGAUUACCGAGCCAGAAUCCGCCUCAUCAACCAAGACAAGAACAAAUACAACACACCCAAGUACCGGUUCGUCGUCCGAUUCACCAACAAGGACAUCGUCGCCCAGAUCGUCUCCGCCAGCAUCGCCGGCGAUCUGGUUCUCGCCUCCGCCUACGCCCACGAGCUUCCUCGCUAUGGGCUCAAGGUGGGCCUCACCAACUACGCCGCGGCCUACUGCACCGGUCUUCUCUUGGCUCGCCGAGUCCUGCACAAGCUCGAAAUGGCCGACGAGUAUGAGGGCAACGUCGAGGCCACCGGCGAGGACUAUUCUGUGGAGCCAUCGGAGAGCCGGAGGCCAUUUAGGGCUCUGCUCGAUGUGGGUUUGAUCAGAACCACAACUGGGAACCGUGUGUUUGGUGCUUUGAAGGGAGCUCUGGAUGGUGGGCUUGAUGUGCCUCACAGCGAAAAGAGGUUUGCUGGGUUUUCGAAGGACAACAAGCAGCUUGAUUCUGAUGUCCACAGGAAGUACAUCUAUGGCGGGCAUGUUGCUGCUUACAUGGGGAUUUUGAGUGAGGAUGAGCCUGAGAAAUUUCAGACCCAUUUCAGUGGGUACAUCAAGAAGGGCGUUGAGGCUGAAGGGAUUGAGGAGAUGUACAAGAAGGUUCAUGCCGCCAUUCGUGCCGAUCCAACCGUGAAGCUGACUGAGAAGAAGGAGGUGAAGGAGCACAAGAGAUUCAAUCUUAAGAAGCUUACUUAUGAUGAGAGGAAGGAGAAGUUGAUUGAGAGGUUGAAUGCUUUCAACUCAGCUGCUGGGGAUGAAGAUGACGAUGAGUGA